UAUGAAAACAUUUCAUAUUUCCUAAUUCGGCGAAAACAGAGUCGCCGUAGAAGUUGAGCGAAGUCAGUUUUCGUAAUAGCUGCUGCCGCUCCCCAUAGCUUCUUCUUUCGUUUCUUUGACUAGCUCAGGCAACACUCGAGCGCGACGGAGAGAGGAAAAACAUAAUGAAGGAAGAGGGCUUUGAAGAAUGGGAUGCAGAUUUCUUGGACCAGUUAAUACAAGUGGAAGAACUUGCCCUAUCUUCUUCUUCCACCAAUCCAUUAUUAAUCCCUUCUCAGCCCACCACCACAGCAACUGCUGCUACUACCUUCUCAAUCCAACCGCCACAACAGCAGCAUUAUCAUCAUAAUACUUGCUUUAGUUACUCUCCUCCUCGCGAGCUCUCUCAAAAACCAAUUGAUUUCCACAACAACAACAAUGGUCUUUCCUUCUUCACCCCUCCUUUCUCUCUCCCACAACAAACCCAUAAAGAUCAAGAGAUUGAUCGCUUGAAGAGGGAGUUGGGAACUGUGUCGAAGAAGCUUUCUGACCUGGAACAAGAAUGCCUUCAACUUAGGAAUGAAAGGAACAGAAAAGAGGAGGAAAUAAAGUUUGUUUAUUCACGCACUGCAGAAAAAGAUAAUAGUGUUCAUACAAACUUGGAAUGUGGAGUUCUUACUGAAAAAAGUCAUGGGGCUACCAAGCAAUCUAGACAUGCAAAAGCUUUAGAGACUGAGAUCGGAUAUCCAAUUCGUUUAGCAACUUCAUCAUCAAAGGGCAUAGGAGUUCAGACAGACAAAGUUGGUGAACUCAGCAACCUAGACUUGAAUGGGGAUCUCCCUUCUCAGGAAAAUCUUUCUGACAAGCUGCUAGGCAUAUGGAGCUCUGCAAGUGACCAGAAGUUAGGAAGAAAUCUGAUCUCCAAGUUGUUUAUGGCUUGUGCAGUAGAUUUUCAUUUUCUUUUUGGGCACAUGAGCAUGAAUGCGUCCUCCGAAUCAGGGGAAUUUAGGUUGGGUGAAAGCUCUUCUAGUGCAGCUUUGCAGUACCACAUGCACUCUUUCGAUGUUUCUGAAGCUGCCAAAAUAUCAUAUCUGUAUUCUGUAUUGAUUAAGGUCAGUAAUGGACUGCUGCAUUUGGAGGCUAUGCUUGGGCCUUUGAUUGAUCUUUGUCGUCUUGAAAAUGUUGCUAUUCUUUGUAGUUCUCUAAGCAUACUGCAUAUGUUUCUGAAGCAACUACUAUUUUCGGGAAGGAAAUUGGGAGAAAGGGACACUGUCAAGGUUGAGGGAGCAAAAUCCGGGAACAAUUUCAAGGAUAGAGGCCUGUUUAGAGUGAGUGAGGAGGAUGCACCUUUUCCAAGCUAUGAGACGUUUGGGACUAAAUUUUGUGAUCCUCAACAUGUUUGCAAGAAGGGAUUCUCGGAUGCUGACAUUGGAUUGCCGUUUUCUUGUGUAAACUGGGUUUCUCUGUUUGAGUUGUUGCAUCAAAUUGCUGUUAGAAAAACACAAGGACGUGUAAGAUUGGAGGCAAUCUCUAUCAUGAAUGUGAUUCUAUUGAGAACAAAUGCUCAUGCAGAAAGGGAAAUAUUUGGCCAGGCACCAGUAUUUGAAAGCAUUGCACAAUUCUUAAAAAGGGAAGCCGGUUCGUAUGUGCAAAAGGAAUCACUUGAUCUACUAUUCUUACUAUUAAACUGUCCCAAAUUAUUGAGUGUCUUCCAUUCUGGCUGUAAAGAGGGGGAUAUUGCUGCAAAUGAUGCUAACAAUGCUUCAACUCGCAAAGGAUUCAGUGCCAUCCUUGAGGGUUUGGCAGACUGUAUUGCCUGCAGUGGAAAUGACAUUGAGGACAUACAACUUCGUAAGAGAGCUGUUAUUAUGCUGGCUUUUCUAGCCGCCUCAGGGAAAUCUGGGUUUGAAAUUCUGGUGAAUCACAAGCUACAUGGAGGGAAGAACUUUCUUAUGUUGAUUUUACAAGUGUUGAUAUCAGAAAUGGAUGUAGAAAUGUCAGUCUCUUCUGAGUCAGCAGAAAGCAUUAAAGCAAGGGUUCUGCUGAUGCGUGAAGUGCUGAUACUACUUAAUAGACUUGUAUCUAACCCAGGGUACUCGGCUGUUGUCUUACAAGUGUUAACAGCUAGUAGAGAAAUGGCCAGUUUGACCAUUGAUAUUGUAACAAGGUUGUCUCGAAAAGAUCAGAUACUGAGGCUAUCUGACAGUAUCACACGACAGAUGAGAGAAUCAGAAAUUGUUGACUUAGCUCGAGUGCUUAAAAAAAGGGUCUUUACGUAUUUAGGAGAUACGAUACCAUAAAACACCCUCACAUGAAAUUUCGUAUUGAGUUCUAGAUUUUGUAUCUAUAUGGUUAGCUGCACAUGAAGAGCUGCAAUGCCUGGGGGUUAGCUGUACAAGAAGAGCAGUGAAUGCCUGGGCACAUGUACAUAGAUAUUUUUUAAGUGCAACCAUUGAUGUAAUAUUUCUUUUUUUGAUAGGCAUCCACUAGACAUACAUUGUGUACACGGACAUGGAUCACCAUUCUCAGUAAAUUGGAUUUUGCUGUUUCCUA